AUGAUUCGUCCUCCGAAGCACACAACAAUGAAGCCUUACUAUAUUCGGCAUGUAGUAGUUUCCUUCUAUUGCUUAUUGUUGGCUCUUGUUGUGGGUCCAUCCGUUUUGGCACACUCUACUACUACUACUACUAUUACCACGACUAGUAAUACUCCAACAAGACGACGUCAGUUGCAAGACCAACAAGCACUCUUUGAUGAAGCUUCUGCGAAAUGGACCAGCUAUGGAGAUGCGGUGGAUUACAAUUUUGCCUAUCUUCGUCAAGACGAGACCUUUCCACAGUUUCAAGUGACGGUCCGGAAUUCCACCACGAUUGGUGUGGAUACCGUUUAUGGGCAGCCGCAAGAUCGAUACGUCUUUACCAUGGAUCAGUUGUUGGGAUACAUUUCCGAGUCUCUUUCAACGGCGGGAGACACUGUCGCUGUCAACUAUGACAAGACAUAUGGAUACCCAACCUCUUGGAAUAUUACUGGAAGUGUCAGCCUACAAGGAACGAUGGAAUCCUUUACCUUUUUCUCCAUAUUGAGAGAGCAACUCAACCAAGGCAAGGCAGUUUGGGAUGCCCGACCAACUGACAGUUACGAUUACACCAUUCACAUUAUUGGAUUCCUUCCACCUCCCUAUGGUACACCGAAGCUUGUCCAAGUCCGAAACGGCACUGUGGAGACCAUUUUGGAAGAAGAUACCGGAGAAAUGAUAGACAUGACCACCUUCAAUCUUCCCACUAUCGAUCAGGCUUUUCAAAACAUUGAAAAUGCCCUUACCAAUUAUUAUGCCACUGUGGAUGCCACCUUUGAUCCGACGCUUGGAUAUCCAAUGGAAUAUUCCUUGCGGAAUUCCAUCUUUGUGGCCGAUGGCAAUCCAACCUAUCGAAUCUAUGACGUUGUCCUGGUAGCAAAACCAGAUAAUGAUGAUACUGAAGGAACCAUAGUUGAAUGGCAAAAUGAAUUGGCGACUGCCAAAGCAUUGUGGUCGGAACGGAACCUUUCGGCUUACAACUAUACUUUUCAACGAUUCUGUGAAUGCCCACCAGAGUUUCAGCGUGCCAAGUUGGUACAAGUGGUGGACGGAGAUGUAGUUGCCAUUGACGGAACUUUUGGGAAUUCGUUGGAUGAAGCUCCCACCUUGGAUGGACUCUUUACCAUCAUCGAAGCUGCUAUUCAAGAUGUAAUCAGGGGAAAUGUCUCUUCCAUUCGAACUACAUAUGACGCAGAAUAUGGCUAUCCUGCCUCUGUAUUUAUUGAUUACGACGAAAUGAUGGCAGAUGAAGAAUACAUUGUAUCCGCCACCCUGGAAGAAGUAAAUGGAGGAGGCGGUGGUGAUGAUGAUAAGGCAAUGAUAUUGAAUGAAGCCAAGACCAAAUGGGAAUCCAUGGGUCUCUCCAAUUAUCACUUUGGAAUUGUAAAAGAGUGCCGAUGUGUAUUCCGUGACCCCAUUGCGAUUCAAGUCAGUAACGGAGAAGUUGCUCAAAUGAGGAAUCGUUUUGGUGAUGAAGUCGAUCAAGACACAACAGGGUAUUCUUUGACCAUCGAAGACAUAUUUGGUCUCAUCCAGACUGGGAUGGACGAAGGUUUUAGUACUGUCGAUGUGGAGUAUGAUGAAGAGUAUGGAUAUCCCAAGAAAGCGGUUCUCGAUCCCCGCGCCAUGACGGCCGAUGACGAAUACACCUUGACGAUUGAUUACUUGGCUCCGCUUACGAAAUGGCAAAAUGAAUUGGAAGCUGGCAAACGUUUGUGGUCAGAACAGAACAUCAAGAGUUAUAAUUACACAUAUCAGCGAUCCUGUGAAUGCCUGGAUGAGUCUCAGCUUGCCAAGUUGGUACAAGUUGUGGACGGAGAUGUAGUUACCACUGGUGAUGUUUCGGCACAGGCUACACAACGAUCCUCCUUGAAUGAGGCUCCAACUUUGGAUGGACUCUUUGUCAUCAUUCAAGACGGAAUCAAUAGAAAUGCCUUUCGGAUUGUGGUAGACUACGAUCCAAAAUACGGAUAUCCCACCUCUGUGUACAUUGAUUACUACGAAAUGAUUGCAGAUGAAGAAUACAUUGUAUCCGCCGUACUGGUGGAAGUCAACGAUGGUGGUGCAAAUGUAGAUCCAGUUCCCGACUCAUCUGCACCGAAAACUGCAAUGAUCAUGGGUCAUCUUGGGCUUGCGUCGCUUCUUCUCUGUAUGCAAUGGUAG